AUGGGCAAAUCCGGACGGAAGAAAACCUACAAGAACCAGGAGGAACACCAGCAGGCGGCGCCAGAGGGCGAGAAGGCGGACGCACGCGAAGGUGGAGGCGAAGGUGAAGGCGGGAGCGGAGGUGGAGGUGGAGGUGGAGGUGGAGAUGGAGGCGGGGGUGGAGGCAGUGGAGAGACGAAAUGCAGGAUCUGCGGGAUCCAGGCCAGGAGCAUGUGUGCGGCCUGCAAGGACGUCUAUUAUUGCUCCAAGGAGCAUCAGCUCCAGGACUGGAAGAACCAUAAGGAGAAAUGUCUGCCCUUCAAGACGUGCUACUCCGAGACCCUCGGCCGACACCUGGUGGCGACCCGGAACAUCAAGGAGGGCGAGGCGAUCAUGAAGGAGCCGCCGCUCGUGGCGGGGCCCAAGCAGGUCUCGUCGCCCAUCUGCCUCGGCUGCCACCUCGCGAUGACGGGUGAGUACCGAUGCACCGAAUGCGGGUGGCCCGUCUGCGGGCCGAAGUGCCAGGCGUCUCCCUACCAUCGUCCCGAGUGCGAGCUCUUGUCGCGGUCCAAGGGGAAGGUCGCGUUCGACGACCUCGUCUCUCCGAAUGCGUAUUACCAGUGCAUCACACCGUUGAGGUGCCUCUGGCUCCGGGAACGGGACGUGGAGCGGUGGGGCGUCGUCGAGCGGAUGGAGUCGCACGUGGAAGAGCGCAAGGGCACCAAACUGUUCCAGCUGCGACAGCACAACAUCGUCGACUUCAUUCGGAUCACCAUGGGGGUCGCGGAGUACGACGACGACCUGAUCCACGAGGUCUGCGGCGUCCUGGACACCAACUGCUUCGAGAUCCGCCACCCCAAGGUCGUCGUUCGCGCCCUGUACGCGACGGCGUGCAUCAUGGCCCACGAGUGUCGACCCAACACGCGACACUGCUUCGACGAGAACCUCAACAUCAUCGUCCGGGCCACCGUCCCGAUCAAGAAGGGCGAGGGGAUCACCACCACCUACAUUCAAAUCCUGAUAAACACCUACGCGAGGCGGAACCACCUGUCGUUCGCCAAGUGCUUCUGGUGCGACUGCAUCCGCUGUCGCGACCCGACCGAAUUCGGCACCUACCUGAGCGGGUGGCGCUGCCUCCAGUGCGACGAGGGGAAGGUCUCGCACGUGAACCCCCUGGACGCGGAGAGCGAGUGGAGGUGCGACGCCUGCGACGCCUGCGUGGAGCCGGCCGUGAUCCGCGCUCGCGACAUGUCUCUCGCCUCGGAGAUCAAGGCCAUGGACAAGACGGUGGAGAAGCUGGAGGAGUUCCUCGUCUACCACUCCGACGUCCUCCUCCCCACCAGCUCCUACAUGGUCCAGGUCAAGUUCGCCCUGGUCAAGAUCUACGGGCACGUCCAGGGGUUCAUGCUCGACGAGUUGAGCCCCGCCCAACUGGAACGGAAAGAGGAGCUUUGCCGAGAACUCCUCACUGUGGCAGCCAAGCUGGACCGGGGGCUGUCCAGGUUCCGGGCGCUCCUCCUCUACGACCUGCACGAGGUGAUCGUGAGGAGGAGCAAGACGGACGAGGGGAGGGUGAGGGAGGCGCUGCGGAUGCUGCAGGAGUGCCUGGAGAUCAUCUCGGUGGACCCGGGAGUCACGGAGGAGGGUCAGCUGACGGCGAUCGCGAGGAAGAAGCUCGUGGGUCUUCAGGAAUACGCGAGGCAGUUGGAGGCGAAGAAGAAGAACGGGAAGUGAUAGGGUUUUCGUUUGCUGCGUGGUUGUGGGAUCGUGAGGGCGUCGCCGCCAGACGUUUUAUCCGUCGGAGGUCGUCUGCCAUAUGUCGUGUGAUGGUAGAGGCGAGACGAAAAAGAUUCCAAAUUUUAGAAAAGUAUUAGAAAAAGAUAUGGGCGAAGGAGAGGGGGAGAACGAUCACCGAGAGGCUGAAUUUGCAGAGGGUGGACUCUUCGGCGUUGUCGAUCCUUCGGUGCGAACUCAUUGGAUCCAUCAGUGUCGAUCUAACACUUCGGUGACGCCACAGUCAGCCAGUAGCCUGUCGGCGACGCGGUGAAGCCCUGGGAUAGUUUCAUCGAUCGGGAUCCUCUCAAUGACGCUGUCCUCUGGGGAGUUCUUGCAUCGUGGGAGAGAGCAGUGACGGCAGCAGUGACGGCGGUAGUGACGGCAACAGUGACGGCAGCAAUCUCGGGCUCCGAGCAGUGCCGUUGGAUCCACUGGUGGUCCUGCAAUGAGGAGUGCGAGUCUCCGAGGUUGUGGUCCACUGCAUCGACCUCGUGAAUGGCGUCUGGGCCUUUACCUCUACGAUGUAUUUUCCCUUCUAUAUAGUUUUUCGAAAAAAAAAGGCG